AGCACAAACAGUGAACCUACUUACAACGCGUUUGUCAUGUCAUACGCCAAGCAACGAGUAGAGGCACAUGGAGACUAGAAUUGGCAGUUUUGCUCCUCAGGGACAUAUGUGCAGAGCGUAACUUAUCCUUGACUGUUAUCACAUGGGAAACGGCGCAAGUUUACACGAGCAGCCGGGGCCAAAUACCUGGUGGAUUCGAUAUUGCCGUCAGAAAUGGAGGAGCCUGCGGACACGGCAGCUGGAUGAGUUCCUUGGUUUGCAGCGCCCACCGCUUAGGCGCGGGCAGUCCUUUUCCAACCUCGAUGAGCUGGUUAAGAAGAUCACACAGGAGCCGGUUCCGUUUAUAGGCGAGGCGGAUGACACCGAUGAUCUCAAGUCUGCCAUUGCCAAGCUUAACAAUGGCUCCAUUCUACAUACGGAAAAGCGUGCAAUCGAGCGUUUGCUGGCGCAGCGCUACGAGGAGGCCCUUGCAGCAGCCGCAAACCAGGAGGAGGCGGAGACACUGGGUGGGGCGUCAGAGGUGCUCCGCCAGGUGUUGGUGGUCUUCCAUCAAAACAACUUGCCAACGGAGCUAGACCGCAUCGCUGCUGACGAGCAGCCUGCCGAGUGGCGCAAGCGCUGCCACGUGGCGCGGCGGAGGGCCUUCCUGGUGGUGCGCUCCCUGGUGCGGCUCAAGCGGGAGGUGAAGCGGCUGGCGGCACCCAUCGGCGACCUGGGCUGGCUGCUUCCGGUGGCCGCCAAGGACCGCUGGGGCGAGCUCAAGGCGCUGGCGGCCAGAUACCGCCAGCUGGAGACAGAGCUACAGGACGCGGAGGUGGCGGUUGCCCAGCUCACACAGCUGAAGGAGAUGCAGGCCAAGGUGCUCCCCUCUCCAAGGAGUCCCGCAGGCGGGCGCAUAUCCCCGCAGCGCACCCUGCGCAGCGCCGCGGGCCGCAUGAAUGGAAUGGGCACAUCAGGCCGAGCAGUCAGCGAAUCAGGCGCAUUGAAUUCUCGGGCCAGGCCGCGUGCUGCGCUGACAGCGGAUCCGCCCCCGCCGCCUGUGCCGGGUGGACGUGUUGUCCGCCGUGAGGGCCCCUCGGCCACAAGCUCAGGGAUGGUGCCCAGCAGUCCGCCCAUCCUGGCUGGCUGUGCAGCCGGGGUAUCGCCGUUGCGGACGCCCAUGCAGGGCAGGAAGGGUGGCGCAGGGGGAUCAGAUGCCGUCGUUGGCGCUGGCGGGAUCCCGUCGCCGGCCGCGUUGGUUCCAACGUUGUCCAUGCUGCGCGCCCCGGCGGCGACGCCCAGCCCGCUCAAUGGGCGUCGUCUGUCAGCUACUGGAGGCUCGUCGUUUAUUGGUGGACCAGGGUCUUCAAUGACACCGCGUAGCGGAGCUGCUUCGGCCACGGCGCCAUCUACGCCGCUUGUUGGCGGAUCACUUGUAGCGCAGACACAUGUGGGUGUCGGUAUCCUCACGGGCAUCUCGUCACCGCCGCUGUGUACACCGUCAGUUGGGACGCCGAGGGGCGGGCACCGAGAACCCGUCAUGAUGCGGUCGCCUGUGCAGAGCAGCACCCAAAUUGUGCGCCAGACAUUCAUCACCGGCGACGGCUCCGGCGCUGCCACCUCGCUGCCCACCGUGCCGCCAGCCCUGGGGCGUGGACCCCAAGUCCUUGACCUUACUGCUGCUCCCAACCCAUCUGCGCACCGCCACACGUGUCCGGGCGAACCCACCGACUUCUCAAUCAACCCACACGGGACUGCUGUGGAGCUUUCGACGUCCCCUGCAGUGCCGGGGCCCCUACAACGCAGGGUUGCUGCUGAUGCCACCUCGACCGGCUCUGGGCAGCGCGGCGCAGGGACGCGCAACUGGGGCGUUGAUCCCGCGCCGCCCAUGGCUCCCCCACCCACGGCCGGCACACGGCGGCCGCUGGGUGCGUUGGGUCACACCAGUGCCUCACCUCCGCUGGGAGUGCUGGGCUCCCCCCGGAUGCCUGCAGGGGGCCCUCCUGCCAGGCAUACGUCUGACGGAGCCUCCUCGAGACCCGCAGCUGCGCCGCCCGAGCUGCCAGUACUCAUCCAAGAGGGCGAGACGCUCGAACAAGCGCUGGCGCGGUUUAGGUUGCUCGCAGAUGACACACGUUGCGCGCUGGUGGACACUGCCCGGCAGUUCCGAUGCGCGCUGGACCUGUGCAACAGCGCUUGGCCGGACCAGCGGUGGUGGCUGGCAGCCCACACCCAGGAUGACGCGGCGUUGGACACGUGGCCAGGUUCGGGUGAAUACAUCGUCAACCGGGCCGACAUGGUGCGCUGCCUGAAGGCGGGCACUGUGGCGUUCCAGUUCAUGUGCGCCUCCGAUGAGGCGCUGGUGGGGCCCUCCGGCAACCGGUUCGACUGGUGGACCAGCGACCCCUGGGAGGUGGCAGCGGACCUGGCGCCGGACCUUGUGGCGGAGGCCCAAGCUGCGCAGAGGCAGCAGCGGCCCGGGCCCGGGGAGGCGCCUCGCGAGCGUCUGGUGGGCGUGCCGCUGGGCGUGAGAGUGCUGGAGCAGCUGGCGAACAGUGUGGUGGAGACUGCAGGGCCGCUGGCGCUGGAGGCCUUGCCAGUCAUCCUGCACAUCAGCGAGCGGCAGCGAGAGGCCAUGGCGGCAGAUCUGCUACAGUACCCCAUCUACAAGCGCCUCCGUCGCAACCUGUACGUGGUGGUGCAGCGCAGCCAGCCGGUGAUGCGGUACAACGCCGCGGACGACAACUUCCUGCCCGAUCUCAACCAGCCCAAAUACAUGCCCGGCUCAGGGUACUCCAUGUUGCAGCUGCUGUGGCCGGGCCAUGCGAUGUUCCUCAACGACGCGGGCCAGCUGGAGCGACUGCCGCACAGCCUGAUGGACGAGCUGCGCGAACGCAACACAGAGUGGUUUGUGAGCCGCAACGGCCAGGACCUGUCGCUGCUGAUGGACGACGGAGCACUCGACAUGCGCAGCCUGGCAAACGUCUGCUGGAUGUGGAACACGCCCCACCUGCGCUACAGCCUGGCGGUGGAGGCGACGUCCACGUACGUGAAGCACCGCGACCUGAUCGCCCAGUAUGGCAGCGUGCUGCUGUGCCGCAAGCCCAAGGUGGUGGGCAUGGUGAUGGGGCGGCUGGACGGAGCGGUGCGGCUGGACCGCUACACCGCCGGCACCAAGCCGCAGCUGCCGGUGGUGGAGCUGAUGACGUGCGAGCUGAACAGCGCGCACAUGCAGGAGGAGCUCAGCCAGAUUGCCGCGUCCCGCGCCACGACCACGUCCGUCGGGUUAGGAAGGUACAUCUUCCGCUUCGAGAUCCUGGCCUCGCUGCUCACCGGGCCCACCGUGCUGCGGCCCAAGCUGCUGCCCGCCGUGGACGUCAAGGCGCUCGAGGCGUGGGACGCGGCAGGCUUGAACCGGCCACUGGGCAUAAUGGAAGACGUGGGCCCGCCUGCCGCUGCGCCCAUAACCUCCCUCGCGGCCGCCGCCACCGCCGCUCAGGCCGCCCCCGGUGGCGCCAUGCAACCCUUCCCCAUCGCCGGCGCUGUGAGCGAGCAGCAGCUGGCAUACGCCGCGUCGCACGGCAUGGACACCAUGUUCAUGCGGCUGCACCUGUCCAUGAGCGACCUGACCAUGCAUCAUGCAAGCAAGGUGGUGGCGUUGAAGGCGCACCGCCUGCCCGUCUUUGUUCGCGGACCGCAGGACGCCCCCGCGCUCCUGGAAGUGCUGAGCCGCUCCGACCAGGACCUCCUCAGCGCCAAGCAGCGCCUGGCGGCCAAGCUGCCCUCCUUCACGCGCCAGCAAAAGCCCGGACAGAGCUUCCUUGUCUUUGUGCAGGACAACAGCGUCAGCCUGACGGCGACCAACGUGGCUGCGGGGCUGGCGCGGCGCGAGCGCGGCGACCGCAUCCACCUGGUGACGGUGGUGCCCACGGAGGCGCAGCGGGGGGAGGGCGCGGCGCUGCUGGAGCGGCUCAUGAAGGCCUUCCGCACGCACGCGGAUGUGCUCACCCAUGUCCUGAGCCAGGAAGGGCGCGGCCUGCUGGAAUGCGUGGCAGACGUGGUGUCGCAGCACAGCUGCAACAUCCUGGUGGUCGGCAGCACCUCAAUCACCGCCGUGGCGAAUGCCGUGGGGCGCAACGCCCCGCUGGUGCUGCCGGCCACGGCCGCCAAAACCCCCGGCACGGCGGGUCCCGGAGCGGGUGCGGCGGGGCGCGCCCCCGCUGCUGGCAACGGUGGCGGGCAGGGUACCAUCAGCGGCGGUCUGGACGACGUGGCGAGCUCCGAGCUGCUGGUGUCCUCGGUGGCGCUGUCCAUCCUGCGCACCUUCGCACUGCCCGUCAUCCUGGUGACAGCCAACGUGAAGAACUACCUCAAGCGCGUUGCCGUUGAUGGAGCGCCCGGCGGGCCCCGCCAGCCCCCUAGGCCGGCGGUGGGCGGUGUGGGCGGCGCCACGAGCGGUCGGCUGCUUGCCAUGGCAGUGGUGGAGCGGCACAGCCGGCCUAUGAUGCACCACCUGGCUCGCUGCUUGCUGGAGCCCAUGCUCAGACAGGACGCCGUGACUCUGGCCCAGGUCUUGCCUCAAGGCAUGGCUCAAGGCAACGCCGGCUACGAUUCCACGUGCAUCCAGGCAGUUGCCCUCAAGACGCUUAUGUCCAACUUUGAAAGCAUUGCGGCAGCGAACGACUUCCACACGCCGAACAAGGUGCACGUGCAGGGCGACUGGCACAGCGCGCUGUGCGGCGCCGCUCGCGACCUGGGCACCCAGCUGCUGAGCGUGCAGCUGCCGCCCAACUCCACCAAGUCGCUGCCCACAGCCCUGCUGCAGCUGGUCCGCUCGGCGCCCUGCCCCGUGCUGGUCUACCCGGAGCGGGUGACCAUCCCGGGAUCCAACGUGGAGGACGAGGAGGGUGAAGAGGACUAAUAACACGCGGCGUCCCGUUGGACACACCAGGAAACCCCGGAUGCCGUUUGCCAAGCUUCCAGGAUGGCUUUUGAACCAAGAGGUUGAUUGUGAUGGAAUGGCCUAUUCAUGCAGUGUUGUAUGGCGCAUGUUAGCAGGUUACGGAAAGGGACGCAUGGGUUGCGCUCAUGCCAUAAAUGGCUGACCCGAUGCUGACGCUUGCUUGAUGAAUGACACGACACAACCGCACUGGAGGAGUGCCGCGCUCGCGAUGUCCGCGUACAGUGGAGGAUGACGAUGUGCCGUGAUACCCUUGUGAAUACGUACAUAAGAAUGUGGAUGUCGAGGGCGCAUGACCGCAAUUCAUUUCAAGGCCACUGGCCACUGGCAGGGUAAAGGACUUGAAGGACAAAAUCCACUGCUGUUGGAGUUUUGGGGAGGCUGCUGUGUCCUAUGGUCGAGGACUAGGCCAGGCCACCUGUGUUUUCUGGCAAGGCUAUCCACUCGUGCACACAAUACUGAGGUUGGCUUCAUGCAGAGCAUCUUACAACCUGGAAGGUGGUCCCGGAAUGCCGGGAAGCCUACCCUGGCCGGCCAUUGAAUUCUUGUGCAGCUCUGUAACGCACGAUGCGACAAGGAAUUGACAUCACCGUAUUCAGGAAAAAACAUCAUGGCCUCUUGCAACCAUGACAACGC